CAAGUGCAAGUAACAAUAUUGUUUUAAGCACGGUAAUCGAACAUCGAACAACAUCGUUCACUCGCCAUUGUUUAACUUACAUGAAAAUUUUUCAACAUUAUACCCAACAGUGGGCACUAUGUCUAUGCAACGGUCAUCCUCGCGUUUGAAAUUAUUUAUGACCGUCGACUUACCACUGUUGUUAAGGCCCACUACUAAAACGUUUACUUCUUUUUUCCUAAUUCCUAAAAGAUUCGCUAAACGAUCAAAGAGCCCCAUUCUCUGUACUCCCUUCAAGUUUUGUUACGUGUUUAUCGAACAUCAAUAGCGAACGCUGUUAUCAUUGAUUAUUUGGAGUAAAGUUGAGAAACGCUGACGGACACAUGCUUUCGUACUUCGAUUGAGAUAGCCUCUAAAUGAAUACAAAAUUCGGCUUAUAGAAAACUUAGAAUACGAAGUUAAUUGUUCUUGUAUUACUUUUUUCGUAAGUUUCUCAUAUUAAAUUGAAAAUACUAGGAAAAUGCCGAAAGGUAAAACAAGAAAAUUCAUUGACAAGAAGAACUCGGUGACAUUUCAUUUGGUUCAUCGAUCGCAAAAAGAUCCUUUAAUUGCCGAUGAGAAUGCACCUCAACGAGUUCUGUUGCCUGCAGGAAACACACAGGCUGCUAAGUUACAGAAAAGAAACUCAAAUGAUGCCAAACGCAAGGAGGAGCAAAAAAAAUAUGGCAUAUAUUUUGACGAUGAUUACGAUUAUUUGCAACAUCUUAAAGAUGUGAAUUCAUUGCACACAGAAUGGGAACGAGUGGAUUGUACAAGCACGUCAAACAAAGAUGAAAAAUCUGACAAUAAAGAUGCACCAAAAAUUAACUUACCUUCUUCUGUGUUUGCAUCAAACGUUGAAGAAAAAGUUGGGCUUCUUAACAAAGCUGCUCCUGUUUCUGGGUUACGAUUGGAUCUGGAUCCAGAUGUGGUUGCAGCAAUGGAUGAUGAUUUUGACUUCAGCGAUCCAGAGAACGAGCUGGAAGACAAUUUUAUAGAAUUAGCCAAUACUGAAUUUAGUGGUGAAGGUGAAGAUGAAGAAGAGUAUGAUCAGUCUAAUGUAUCGUCUGAAGGACGUUUAGCAUUAUCAGAUGAAGAACAAGAUGAAGUCUGUAGUUUGAAUGGUCCUCAGUAUUCUUUUAGAGAAGAAGAAACAAAAUCGCGUUUUACAGAAUAUUCAAUGAGUAGUAGUGUUAUGAGAAGAAAUGAACAAUUAACACUUCUAGAUGAUAAAUUUGAAAAUAUGUAUGCAGCGUACGACGAAAACGAAAUUGGAGCAUUAGACUGUGAUGAAAUCGAAGGACAUAUAGCACCGGAUUCAGAUUUGCUCCUCCAGUGUGCAGCUGAAUUUGAGAAGCAACAAAAUGUAAAUGCCGAAAAUGUUGCAAAAUUGAUGGAAGAUAAAAUGAGAAUUUUAGAAAAGGACUAUUCCAGUUCUGAAGAUGGAGAUAAUCUAGAAGAUCUUAUUGUUGAUGGAAGACAAAAAGUUAAAUGGGACUGUGAAAGUAUUAUUAGCACAUACAGUAAUAUUUAUAAUCAUCCGAAAUUAAUUUCAGAACCUAAGAUAGAAAAAAUUAAAGUUAACUCGAGAAAUGGUAUUCCAAAAAAUGUAUUGGAUGCAUCUUCUGGAAAGCUAACUGUUAAAGCUUUAGCACAGUUUAAUCAACAAAAUGAAAACUCUAAAGCAAGAGGGCCUCAAUCUGUUGCUGAGACCAUGAAAUCAACCCUGAGCAUAUUAAGUAUAAGACCUAAAGAUGAAACCCCGGAAGAUAGGAAAGAAAGAAAGAAGGCCCUCAAGGACUACAGAAGGGAGAGAAGGAUAGAACGAAAAGCAAACUCCGAGGCUUUCAAGGAAGAAAAGAAACGUCAAGAAAAGAUUCUCAUGAACAACAAGCAAAAUGUACAGGGAAAUCGGAUACUUUAAUAUGUAAAUUCCCUUAUGCAUCACUCUCUUUAGUAAAUUAUGCCUACAUUAACUAUUAUACUAUUGAAUCUAUUAAAUAUGUGUAAUAUAUCUUUCUAAAUGCUUGCGUUUUUAAAAAAUGACGUAGAUACUUACACAGCCCAUGUUCCGUCCUUCACCAUCUCCGAAAUUCGAAUAGGUAGUUCGAGAAUCGAAAUAUCGAUAGCGCGAGAAACGAUUCGAUACAGGGAAAGCCAGAGGAAUAUGAAAUCUAUAAUAAAUAUUGAAAUGUAUAGAUACUGGAAA